ACAAUCCGCCCAGUAUUAUUAGCUAUUAUUACCAUUUCAUUAAUAAUCAGGGUGUAUCACUGACUGACUGGCGCUAUUUCUAUAGCUAUUCACUGGAAAGCUGAGUGUUUUGCCUAAACGCUUAAACUUGAGAUAUUCUAAAACACGCGCGCGCGCAGCCACGGAAGUAAAUUAAGGUUAGAGGUGAAAGGUUUCUUGGAGGUGGUUGACAGUUGUUGCUAAAGUGCUAACUUUCAUUAGGAGCUGGUUUUAAGUGUCCAAAAGCUUAAAAUGGCAGAUGAUCAAUCAGAUGAAGUACCUAUCCUGCCUUGUAUCUUAGUCACAAGCUGUGAUCCCGGCUUUAAAGAAGAGGAGCUCAUUAGACAGAUCUUGGGCUUAGAAUCACUACCUCAAGCUUCCAAAAUAGAAGAAAGUGUUUCUUGGUAUCCAUGGACAAUCAAUAACAAGUACUACACAGCAAACGUCAGCUUAUGUGUUGUUUCAAGUCCAUUCGACAUGAAUACAGAGGUUGCCCGGUCUAUGCAAGCGUUCAUCGUUUACUUUGACAGCAAAACUAAAGACAGCCUUAACAGUGUCAACUCCUGGUUAUCAGUAGUGGAGGAUCUGGCUCCAGAAGUGCUGAUUCUAGUGUGUGACCAUGCGGGUGACAGUGGUGUUAGCAAACAGGAGGCCCAGCAGUGGUGUCUGGCCCACGCAUUUGAAUUAGUAGAGCUCAACCCUCAAGAUCUACCUGAUGAAGAUGAUGACUUCCCAGAGUCCACUGGAGUAAAAAGAAUCGUUCAGGCCCUCAAUGCCAAUGUGUGGUCCAGCGUUGAGAUGAAAGAUGAACACAAUCAGGGAUUUGGUCUAAUGAGCAGCCUGGUGGCCUCUCAUCACAACAACCCACGACCCAGUCAAGAGACACUGGCUUCUCAUUCCCCAUCCAACAGUACAGAUGAAGGCACUGAGAGGCAGAGACCAGAGAAUAACCAGAAUAAUGCAGUAGAUACAGCAGUCGAUCCCAUGAUUGACUUUGACAUACAAGAGUUGGCUAAUCUAACAUCUGGGGAUGCAGAUGUGGAGAAUUUCGAACGACUCUUUACAAAAUUGAAAGAGAUGAAAGACAAGGCUUCUUCAUUGCCACAUGAACAGAGGAAAGAACAUGCAGAAAAGGUUGCUAAAGCAUUCUGGAUGGCUAUUGGUGGAGACCAGGAUGAGAUUGACGGCUUUUCAUCAGGGGAGGAGAGUUAGGCCCUAGUGACCCUUAUCCAGCUUCCACUGCUGAUACUCAGCCCAUCCUUUGAACCCCAAGUCAUUCCAAAUCUGCCCAGCCCAGUCCUGUCCCAUUCAAGAAACAUGGAAGAAUGUGGGCAAAAAAAGCUAAAGAGAUUUUCAUGAUACUGCUGUUAUCAUAAUAUCAGUGUCCAACACCUCAAUCAGGCAGUACAGAGUCAUUAUGGGCUUUCAGCCUCAAACGUUGUAUUCUCAAGACCCAUGGGACAGGUUGUCUGCUCUGUGGUGGUGCAAGUCUGCAGCCACAUACAAGGAAGAAGCCUAUGUAAUGAGCUCUUCAUCACUUAAAAGAAUGAUCUGUCAAAUCAGUUUUAAUGUUCUUUUGUUUUGGAAAUACGUUUGUCAAAUUUCUUUGACACGAUGAAAUUAUCCUUUACAUACCAUAAGAAAAAGUCUGAAAUUAUGUUCUUAAAACGUUUUAUUAUUAAAACUUACAUAAAAGUCAAUAUGAUCAUGAAUGCAAGAUAAUGUGAGUUUAUGUUACAGAAAAGCAAAAGGGAAAUUCAGGGCAAACAAGGACUAAGUACCAGUUUCAGAAUAUGAAUGAAAUUACUGACACUAUAAGAGAAAGAAUGUUUCAUUUGCUUCCAAAUCAAGAGUGCAAGAAAAUAAGCAGGAUACAAGCAAUAUUCCAUACAAAUUUCAAUAAAAUAUCAACAGUC